UAUUUGGUGGGCCCUCUUCCAUACCUUAUAGCGGACAAGGACACCGGCCCUUCAUUGACAGUAGAGAGCGGCUCUGCUAUCAACAGCAAUGUCACGACUGUUAAGAUCCAAUUUGAGGGGUUUACUGACCAUGCAGAUCCGGAUGUCAUCCGAUCAGUUGGGUGAGCUGGGCAAAGGAGCAGGUAAGGGUGGAGGUGGUGGAGGUGCUGUACGAGAGGCUGGAGGAGCUUUUGGCAAAAAGCAGGCAGCUGAAGAAGAACUCUACUUCAAACGUAAGGAACAGGAGCAGCUGGCUGCACUCAGGCAACACCACCAGGAAGAGAUCGAGCACCACAAGAAGGAGAUCGAGCGGUUGCAGCGCGAAAUUGACCGGCACAAGGGCAAGAUCAGGAAGCUGAAGCACGAUGACUGAAGAUCUCGCUGCCACGGCGCUCUGCCAAUGUACUUGCGUGCCUCCGGGGCCAACGUGACGACACUCCAUGUCACCCCGCCAGACCCACUCCUCUGACGGGAUGCUUUGUGCUCCACUGCAUGUGUGCACACUUUAUGUGCUUGAGUUCAUUAAAAGAAAUUUUCUUCUAUUAAA